AUGUCUACUUUUCGCUUUAAUGGUCAGGAUCUAAGUAACAAUCUCGUUAAUUUGAUAUCCUCUAUUCUAAAUGAUGCUGGCGUCCCAAACUUACUCUGGGUGAACUAUCUGCUGACUGUCUAUGGAGUCCCCGCCAUUGUUGACGCCAAUGUUGUCUCUUAUAUGUUCCUGUGCCAGGGAGUUUCUUCUAUUGUACCUGAUGCACUAACUGAGACGGAUUUCUCUACUUCCUCCCAUGCGGGGUUCCUCGCAUGCACACAAGGUCUUAAAUGCCCAUAUUCAAUCGCGUCCCAGGGUAUGUCAACUGUUGCACACCUACACAUCAACGAUGAGCUUGUGAUAUCGCUGUAUAGGAAGUCUGACAUGCUUUGGGAUUUUCCUGAUUUCAACAUUGCUACUAACAGUGCAGAUAUCACGUCGGCAUCUAACAUCCAACUUUCACCAGCACGUCUCGGCCCCGUCCGGUAUUGCGAAGCUGUUGUUCUUCGACUUUGUCGAGACCACGACAGCCCCCGCGAGCCUUAUCGGAUGACAAUGUUGACUUAUGUGGUAGAGUACGUCGAUGGAACGGAUAGUUUCCACGAGGAAUGCUUGAAGGAGGAUAAUAGGAAAUUCUAGAAGGCCAUGAAACCGGGAGAUCCGAAAAUGCAUCUACACUUGAAGACGCAUCGCGAUCGUUUGGAUCAAAAGCAAAUUGUGAAUUAGAAUGAGCAGAUACUAUCCAGAGAUUAAUCUCAUUAGCAAAAGUGAAUGGAUAAGUAAUCUCUCGCGUGUGAUGGCGAUAUGUAGAUAUGUAGAUAAUAG